AUGUCCGGGAUGGAAAGACUACAAAGAAUGUUUGCCGGCGCCGGUGGCGCUCUUGGACACCCGCCGCCUGAUUCUCCGACCCUUGAUACCUCCGAACAAGUCUACAUCUCGUCUCUCGCUCUACUCAAAAUGCUCAAACACGGGAGAGCGGGAGUGCCGAUGGAAGUGAUGGGGCUGAUGCUGGGGGAAUUUGUAGAUGAGUACACGGUGCGCGUGGUGGACGUUUUUGCGAUGCCGCAAAGUGGCACAGGGGUUAGUGUGGAGGCCGUGGAUCAUGUUUUCCAGACCAAUAUGCUUGACAUGCUCAAGCAAACUGGCAGACCUGAGAUGGUUGUUGGUUGGUAUCAUUCACAUCCUGGUUUUGGAUGUUGGCUUUCUGGUGUUGACAUCAAUACUCAACAGAGUUUCGAAGCUUUGAAUCAAAGAGCAGUUGCGGUGGUGGUGGAUCCGAUUCAGAGUGUUAAAGGGAAGGUGGUGAUUGAUGCCUUCCGUUUGAUUAACCCUCAAACCAUGAUGCUUGGCCAAGAACCACGCCAGACAACAUCCAACCUGGGGCACCUCCAUAAGCCGUCUAUCCAAGCAUUGAUUCAUGGUUUGAAUAGGCAUUACUACUCCAUAGCCAUAAAUUAUAGGAAGAAUGAGCUUGAAGAGAAGAUGCUUCUAAAUCUUCACAAAAAGAAAUGGACAGAUGGAUUGACCCUGCAGCGGUUUGAUGACCAUUCGAAAACAAAUGAGCACACAGUUCAGGAGAUGCUAAAUCUAGCUACCAAAUACAAUAAAGCAGUUCAGGAGGAGGAUGAAUUACCCCCGGAGAAGUUAGCUAUUGCUAAUGUGGGAAGGCAAGACGCCAAGAAGCACCUCGAGGAGCACGUCUCAAACUUGAUGUCUUCCAACAUUAUUCAGACACUGGGAACGAUGCUAGACACUGUUGUCUUCUAG